AUGAAAGAGGAUCGUAAAAUACAAUAAAACAAUGAAGGUUUUUAUUAAUGGAUUGUACUUACAAGUUUUUGCUUAAAUUCGUAUUUAAGAAUUCAUAUUUUAGAAUGUCGAAUAUAUUUAUGUUUACAGGAUUAUCACCAAUUUGGUCUUAAGUGGCCAUCUAUUAUGGCACUACUGACUAUGACUUAAAUUGGUUUCCGAAUAUGUAUUACAUUACAAUAAUGUCUUUUUCCUUUCUUUUCAAUCCUAUAAUAAUUAAAUUUUUUGGAAUCUCAUAAUUACUAAGCUGUUGUUUAACUUCAAUGGGAUUGUGGCUUUUAUUAUAUGUGAAAUAAAAUUAUUAAAUGGGACUUAUAAGUUUCGGAUUGAUUGGAUUAGGGGAAAGCUUGUAUUAUUAAGUUCCAUUACGUAAAAUAUUAAAUUAAGAUAGAUUUAUCAAAACUUUGGUUUGCUCAUGAUUAAAGAAUACUAUCAACAUUUAUUGCAUAAUAUUCAAAUAAUGUAGGAAUGUUGAUAGGAUAUAUAAUUUCAUCGUCAUAUUUUUAUGAGAUUGUAUUUAUUUUAUAUAAAUAAGGUUGAUGAAAAUGAAUUUAAUGUACGAUUUGAAAAUUUGAUAUUUCUUAAUGCAAUAUUUGCAACAAUAGCUUUAGUCUUAAAUCUUUCAACUUUAAAAACUCCAUCCUUACGUCAUGAUAUAAUUGAAAUAAGACUUACAACUUGGGAAUCCUUAUAAAAAAUUGUUAUGGCAGAAGAAUCAGCAUUUGAUUUUUUAUCUAUUGCUUCAUGUAAAAAUCUUAAUAUACUUAGUUAUAGGAUUGAGUUGGUGUUAUACUAUGUUAUUAGGAACUCAACAAUAUUAUUUGGGUUAAACCUUUCUUUAAGUGACUUAAACUAGUAUAUAUUUCUAAGUCGGUUAAAUAGUGGCUGGUAUUUACUGUACUUGGAAAUUAUAAAAGUAAUCAAAAGCUGGAAUUCAAUAAGAUUACGAUAUUUAUAUAAAAAGUAUGAUUAGUUUAGGAUUUUGGUUACUUGUUUUCGAAAUUAUAUUAUUAGAAGAUAUACCUUUUAUUAUAUUAGUGUUUAUUAAUUUUUUUAUUGGUGCAGGUUUAGGUGGAUUAUAUUCAGUCUUAUUGGAAGCCUUAAUGGAAAAACACUUUCCAGUAUAAGAGUUGGCAAUAGGAUCUGUUCUAGCAGCAGUAGCUUGUGUAAUAAAUAUUUAAUAUAUAGGCUGUUUCUAUAACAAUAACUAUGACCUUAGUAAUUCCUAAAUUUCUUGAGUAUGGAUUUUAAAUUUCAUGUUAUCUGAUGAUUAUUCCUUUUUGUUACAUUGCUGUCUUCUAUAAAACUCAAUUUAAACGAUUUGAGGCUGAAGCUUGA